UAUCGGAAAAAUCUGGACAAAGAGUAUAAAAGGGGUUAAACAAUUUAUAUUCGAUAGUACAUUAUUAGCUGUUGAAGAAACACUUGUAGGUACUGAAAAUGAAAUUAUUCGUAGUUGUACUUGCUGUAUCCAUCUGCUGUGCCAUGGCGCAACAUAAUGGUGGAGGCGGCUAUGGGGGAGGCGGACAAUUUGGUGGCGGACAAGGAGGCGGUCAUGGUGGAGGACCCGGGGGUGGCGGUUUUGGAGGUCAAGAUCAAGGUCAAGGUCAAGGUCAAGGUCGUGGAGGUGGUCCAGGUGGAUUUGGCGGUAGUCAAGGAGGUGGACAUGGCGGUGGAUUUGGAGGUGGACAAGGGGGCGGUUAUGGAGGUGGACAAAGUGGUGGUCUUGGAGGUGGACCAGGAGGUGGUCAAGGUGGACAAGGUUUUGGUGGUAGCCAUGGAAGUCAUCAGGGUGGCUACAGGGAUCAUGGGUAUUAAUUCAUACCUUAUAAAAAAAACUUGCGGUGUAAAAUUACAAAAAUAAAUUUUUAAUUCUUAA